ACAUGGGAAAUUUAGAUAGACUGGUAACAAGUCAAGUUGUGUUUACUACAAAUUUUCGCUAUGAACACGCUUUUCUUAUAUUUGAUUGCCUUUUCUUUCAUAACAGUGAGUAAUGCUUGCUCGUGUGUCCCACGAGACACGUCAACGCCAGMGUUUUUAUGCUGCAACGAUUACGUUUUGCGAGGUACAGUCGUAAAGAGUGUUGUAAAGGGAAGCAGUUCAAGACCAGAAAGUCAAGAAAGAGUGUUCACGGUGARAGUCCAAGARAUCUUUAAAGGAAAAGAGAAAAUCAAAGAGAUAGCUGGUGAUACAUCGAACGUAAGCAUUUCUACAGCAGCUGAUAGUGCAGCUUGUGGAACAGACAUCCCAYUAAACAAAGAUUAUUUCAUCUCAGGAAAUUUCUGGGAAAAUAAAAUUAGAAGCCAAGCAUGUAACAGCUGGUACGUAGAGUGGAGCAGUGUUGAAAAGUCAUUCAAAGACUUCACACCAAAGCUCAAGACCUGCCCUUGUGGAGAGAWUUCUGGGAAAAUAAAAUAAAAAGCACAGCAUGUAACAGUUGGUACGUAGAGUGGAGCAGUGUUAAAAAGUCAUUCAAAGACUUCACACUACAAAGCUCAAGACCUGCCCUUGUGGAGUUAGUUGUCGUUCGCCGUUACAGAUCUUAGUAGCACUUGCAGUACUAACUGGCAUAGUGAACUAUUCAUAAAUACACUCAUAGUUGCGUAGAGUUGUCUGUUAUCAUUACAGACCCUUAAUAACAAURUCAUCUGACUACGCAGGCAGUAGUCAAUAAACAAUUAUCUUAAAACUUUGUACGAGCUAAUCGCGAUCAACUGCAGGACCUUAGCUAAGGGAGAACAGGCGAUGCAUGAGCAAACCUCCAAUAAAAGACCCACUCAACCAUCUCAUAAUUUCUUGAAACACUAAAUGAAGAAUGUAUAUCGCAAACAAUGCCGCCUGAUAUGAAUAAGAUAAAAUAUAUAAUAACGUCAAUGCAUGUCAAAAAUAUCACACUGUAAAGAUUAAAAAAGGUCCUUAAUACCGAUUGCAGUCCCAUUUUAUCUAUUUYAAACAAAUUUUGACAAACCUACUGGAUGUAACAAUAAAAUGUCCACUGAUUUUA